GCCGUUACCCGCCGCGGCGCUGAGGUAGCAGCUCGGCGGCGUCCGCUCCUCCGCGGUCCGUCCUUCGUGCGAUGCGCGGUGCCUCGGUUUGAAAGCUGCCGCAUUCCGAAACGGACGCGAUGUGUGAACGCGGGACCGGCGGGGACGUGAAUUCCAACGUGCUGAUCUCCCACAGCACCGGCGACGCGCAGCUGGACAAAGCGGUGUGGCAGUGGCUGAGCUGGGACAAGCUGGAAGCAGCACAGUUGUAGAGAUGCUCUACGGGGAGACUUCAGUGAUCAGCAGUGGGUGUUCCCCCUGCUGUUAAACUAACACGAUGUGCCUCAUGAAAUUGCCAUGGCAGAUUGCCAUUUCCUACCUUGUGGACCUUAAGAACCAGAAAACAAAAGAGCAGAUUGAAAACUUGCUGCAGAAUGGAAAGCAUAAGGAGCUGCGGGAUCGCCUCUGCUGCAGGCUGACCUUUGGGACUGCCGGGCUCCGCUCUGCCAUGGGAGCAGGCUUCUGCUACAUCAACGACCUCACCGUGAUCCAGUCAACACAGGGCAUCUACAAGUAUCUUGAGAGAUGUUUUUCAGACUUUAAGCAGAGAGGCUUUGUUGUUGGAUAUGACACACGAGGUCAGGUGACCAGCAACUGCAGCAGUAAGAAACUUGCAAAGCUCACUGCAGCAGUCCUGCUGGCUAAAGAUGUACCUGUAUACUUCUUUUCAACAUAUGUCCCUACGCCCUUCGUGCCCUAUGCUGUUCAGCAGCUCAAAGCUGUCGCUGGUGUAAUGAUCACAGCAUCCCACAACAGGAAGGAGGACAAUGGGUACAAGGUUUAUUGGGAAAAUGGAGCUCAGAUCAAAUCCCCUCACGAUAAGGAAAUCAUAAAAUGCAUAGAAGAGUGUGUUGAACCAUGGAAUGGCUCCUGGAACGAGAACCUCGUAGACACCAGUCCUCUUAGGCAGGAUCCUCUGAAGAAAAUUUGUGACUCCUAUAUGGAGGAUCUGAAAAAGAUCUGUUACCACAGGGAGCUAAACAUGCAAACAAACUUGAAGUUUGUUCAUACCUCAUUUCAUGGAGUUGGACAUGACUACGUGCAAUGGGCUUUCAAGGCAUUUGGCUUUCAACCUCCCAUUCCCGUACCUGAACAGAAAGAUCCAGAUCCAGACUUCUCUACUGUCAAAUGCCCAAAUCCCGAAGAAGGAGAAUCUGUGCUGGAGUUGUCACUGAGGCUUGCAGAGAGGGAAAAUGCUAAAGUAGUCGUGGCCACUGAUCCUGAUGCAGACAGACUGGCGGUGGCAGAGCAGCAGAAUGGCUGCUGGAAGGUAUUCACUGGCAACGAGCUGGCGGCGUUGUUUGGGUGGUGGAUGUUUUCUCGCUGGAAGGAAAACUGCUCCAAAGAUGCUGAUGUGAAGAAUGUUUACAUGCUGGCGACCACGGUUUCCUCGAAAAUUUUGAGAGCAAUUGCACUUAAAGAAGGAUUCAACUUUGAAGAAACACUCCCUGGCUUCAAAUGGAUUGGAAGCAGAGUGAAAGAUCUCCUGGAUAACGGAAAAGAAGUUCUCUUUGCCUUUGAAGAGUCUAUUGGCUUCAUGUGUGGCACCUCGGUGUUGGAUAAAGAUGGUGUGAGCGCUGCUGUGGUCAUAGCUGAAAUGGCAGCCUACCUGGAAACCAAGAACCUGUCGCUAGCACAGAAACUCACAGAGGUGUAUGAGACGUACGGAUAUCACAUAUCGAAAACUUCCUAUUUCUUGUGCUAUGAUCCUCCAACCAUCAAGAGGAUAUUUGAGAGGCUUCGGAACUUUGAUGGCCCUCAGUCUUAUCCCAAGUUCUGUGGUGAUUACAACAUACUGCACGUACGGGACAUUACCACUGGCUAUGACAGCAGCCAGCCCGAUAAGAAGUCGGUGCUGCCUGUGAGUAAAAGCAGCCAGAUGAUCACUUUCACGUUUCAAAAUGGUUGUGUUGCCACCCUUCGGACGAGUGGGACGGAGCCAAAGAUCAAAUACUACGCAGAGAUGUGUGCACUGCCCGAGCAGAGCGACAGAGCUGUGCUGGAAGAAGAGCGUCAGAAGCUCGUGGAAGCUCUGAUUGAGAACUUUCUCGAGCCUGAUAAGAACGGACUCAUCUGGCGCUCAGCUUAGCUGUCCUGCAGCUGGUGUUGGAAGGAGCCACUGCGCUGCACCGCAUCCAACCAAGGAACCAAGAACAGAACUCUGUUUACUGUGUGCCUGUGUGUGUGUGUGUGUGUGUGUUCAAAACAAGCAGCUGCAUUUUUAUUCUGUAAGGAAGCAGAGUUCUUUUGUCAGUUGAGGUAAGCAGAGAAGGGUGGAAUGUACUGCCUGGAAUUUCCCCUGUAGUUUCCCCUUCUUUUGACCAAAGGCUCGCUGACCUUCGCAGCGCCAGCAAACUGCCACAGCAGGGUUAAAACAGUUGGCCUGUGGCCACUGACUCUUGUCUUAAACUGCUUUCAGGUAGCCAGGACGCCUUGGUUGGAAGCAAUCACCCCGAGCUGACAAAAAGCUCUGCUUCUUCGUAGCUGUCGUGUGUGUGCGUUGGUGGUGGUGUUCCAGCUCUUACUUCCCCAAUCCAUUCAAGUAGAGUUCAGUGCUUUGCAUACCUGGUUGAGGCAAGUUGCUCCAAUUGGACAUUUUCCGCUUAUUUCGUAUCCUUCUGUUGUUGGAGGUGCUCUCCGUGCGUUGUUUCUUUCCUGUGUGUAUCCCCAAACACUUGCUGGGGUGUGAAACAAUAGUGGCAACACACGCAGUCUGGUUUUUGGGUUACUCACUGCCUUCCUGGGGCUUCCAAAGGGACAGAGACCCAUUCACCUUUGGUUAAACUGCCUAUUCUGACUGCUGUGGGCUUUAUAACCCCUUCUUGUCCCACACCUCUGAAGGGACUGAAGUUACUUUUUUUUACUAAAGGUUUCAGACGUUUAAUAUCUUUGUAUGAAAACACCAGCUGGGGACUUGUUUGGUUGUGAUGUCAGCUGUCUAUUGAAGGAAACAAAACAAAACAGGGGGAAAGAAAGGAGAGGUGAGAUGCAGACACUCUCUGUUAUUGCUAUCUUUUACUAACUCGUAUUAUUUGUCACAUCUGACAAACUCACUCCUGUUAGAACAGCAGUUUGCCAAUACUGUUGCUCUUUUAAGGUGGAUUUUUAGCAGCUUCUCGUUGUCCGUUUCCUACCUUGGCUCAAGCAGAAAGCAAUCCUGCUCAUCACUUCUUUUCUGACAGAUGCUGAUCCAGAAGUGUGUAGAUUUCCCCCAGUUCUGAAGUACAACGACACGUUCAGGAGGAAUUGGGUAUUGAUGAUUGAGGAUAACAUUAGUCAACAUAAGCCUUCAAAACGAAGCCAGCCAUCUUCUGGACAUCUAUCCACUCACUGCACAGCAGCUAAACAAGAGGAACAGAUAAACCCAAGCACUCAGGUUCUGUAUUGAAGGUUACGUGAGGGGAACCCAGGAGGCACUGAGGUUAAAGGUGCUGUUUUGCCACUGUUGUUGAACCCCCAUUUGCCCUCCACCCCAUCGUGCCCUCUUUGUGGCUUCGUGUGCAUCGCAUCCAAACGGCUCUGAGGAGCAUCGGGUGUCUGCAUCUGUGCAGCGCGGGGUGUUGGUGCCCACAGCAGCUUUGCACUAUUAGCCGUGGGUGAGGGUGUGAAUGUAGGUGUGCUGCAGAAGGUCUGUGUCGCACAAAUUCUUGCUGAGCGCCCCUAUUUAUUUAUUUGUUAUUGUAAAGGAAAGCGUUCCCAAAUGGUUCCGCAACCGAGCGAAGUGUAUCCGAUGCCAAAAGGUUGGGUUGUUUCUUUUUCCCCUUCUUGACUGCACACGUGGCUGAUUGCACACGUUUACCCUGGGGUGUGCUCACUGCUCUGUGCAGCUCUGGGGAGGUGUCAGUGGUGUGAUGCCAUAUCCCCACCGCAGGGCUCAGCUCUGGGUCCUGCCCUGACCUGAAGGAGCUUCUGCCCCCGGGCAGCACACUCUGAUUUUGACUUGAGCAUCUCCUGGCAGUUCAGAUGAGAGCAGCUCACUCGUGUUUGUAUUUUCCAUCAGCAUCCUUAGCAGCUGGGUGCUGCUCGUGGUGUGAAUUGCCUGCACUGAACGUACAGCACCAGGAGUGCAGUGCCCGGGACUCUCCUCGUCCGUAGGUGAGCAGUAAGCUGUAGUUGUAGAAGUGCUUCUGGAAAUGACAGGCACAACAUACUGAAUGUAUUUUAAGGGUAUCAUUACUAUUGCUGUUUGUAAACUGCUGCUACCAUUGUUUUCCUGUACCACGUUGAACCGUUGGAUGUAUUUAUACCGUUCUACUUGAGGAACUCUUUCCUCCCUGUCCCCUCAUUGCUCUGACUGUGAAGGACUGUAACUCUCCCGUUGCAUUGCCCCGUGACUGUGUCAGAGUUUGUUGGACUUGUGCACAAUCUCCUUUCAGCUCUUGGCUGUUCUUUGCUGCCUUCCAGGCAAGAACAAAGGCUUUCCAGGCUCGAGCAGGAAGCGCUGUUCGAACAAAUGCAUUCUGAUUAUUGUUUACGAGGCUUCCAGUCACAGUGCACCUUUUGUACAGCUGCAGCCAUCAGCUUGACCUGCGAUCCAGCUGCCCGUGGUUUGUGUUUGUAGCAUUUAGGAGGGCUUCUUUUUGUCUUUUCUCUGUAUGUUGGGACAGACUCGAUCUCUAUCUCACUCGGGUGCGUGGCAGAACUCUAUUUCCAGGGUCUUGGAGGGGAUCUGUGUAAGAACAGGAGACUUGCCAGGCAGAGUUUGGUGUCUGUGUGAUAGAGCUUGCAGCCAGCUAUUUUAUUCUAGUAGUGAUGCAGUGUCCAGUCUGUGAUUUACAUAGCUUCAGGUGGUAUUCAUGUCUCCCUGCAACUCUAGAAGACACUUCUUACCGUGGCGUGAGUGAAGCAAAGGAAGGAGCGUGUCUGACAUGGCAGGGUUGCAUUGGAAGCCCAAAUGCAGCUCUCACUGCAGCUGCACAGCCCUGCUGUGUCUGUGGGCCUGUCUGCUUCCCCUGCCCUUCCUGCAGCAUGGACUCCAGCAGCAGAGAACAGUGCAGGAGCUGCAGUCCUGUCUGUGUAGGUCUCCUGAUGCCCUCAGUGCCUCAAGAGGGAAACCCCUGCUUGCAUCAUUCACCCAGGAAACAGUUAAAAUUCGGUCUUUUUCAGUUUCAGACACUGAGGUGAGGUGCAGAGCACUCCAGAAUUCACACUCCCUGCUCCAGCAUUGCUCGGGUAGCACCUCAUGCCCCUCUUUGGCUCCUGAGGGUUUCAGUUUGGUUUAGGAACGGGCCUGUUUGCAUGGUGAGCCCUGGAUUCAAGUCUGGAUGGCAGAUUCCUGCCGUUGCCUGCUCAGUGGCUUUGUAUGCAGGGUAGGGAAGCAGCCAGAGCUGCACCACUCUUAUCAGGAGUCCCAGGGAGUUCUGCAUCCGUGCCCUCAUUAUCCAAUGUCUGUUCUGUACAAUUAGGGCAUAUGACCGAGUGAGAAUUUGCACUUUUCUGAAGUAUUUCUGUGUGUAUUGCUACGUGGAUUUAGCUGAAUGAAGUGUUACAAACAAUAAACUAUUCUCUUGGUAGUCGCAA